UCUUCUUCUUCGCGGACAGCAAUUCUCGCGACUCUGGAUUUACGCACAACCACAAUAUGACUACAGCACACAGACCUACGUUUGACCCCGCACAAGGCAAAGAGGCCCUCCGUGGUCCGGCCUACCAUCAGCGACUGCUUCCCGCGCACAAGCUCUUGAAGACACGUCAACUCGGCCAAGGCACCGAAGCGGAAGCCACCCAGCGCGACCUCCGCGCCGAACUCCUCCAGGCUGAGGCCGCCCAUUUCGCCAAGAAGAACGGAACCCCCCUUGAUGAGCCCACGGUCGAGAGCGUGACGCCCAAGCGCCUGUUGGAGGGUGGUUCGCCGGGCGGAGAUGCAGACACAGGGGAGCAGGAAGAAGAUAUGGAAGCGAAAAGACGAAGGAUAUUAGAGGAGACGAGAGACAUCGACGCGGACUCAGAUGGGUCGGAGGAGGACAGUAGUGAUGAAGAUAGUGAUGAUGAGGAGGAUGAAGCUGCCGAGCUGAUGCGCGAACUGGAGAAGAUCAAGAAGGAGAGGCUGGAGCAGAAGGAAAAAGAGGAACGCGAGCGUGCGGCUGAAGAGGAAGAGAAGCGCGAAUACGACAUUGCGCGCGGAAACCCUCUGCUCAACCCCCAGGACUUCAAUCUGAAGCGACGAUGGGAUGACGACGUGGUCUUCAAGAACCAGGCGCGCGGCACGGAGGAUAAACGGGGCAAGGAAUUUGUCAAUGACUUGUUGCGAUCGGACUUUCACAAGCGGUUCAUGGGUAAAUAUGUUCGGUGAACACCAUACUUUACAAAUGCUGAGCUCAACACCUACCAUGGCUCAUUGAACCUCGCUCCUCAAUCAUGCUACAUCACAAUCUACCCACGAUGACAGGGGUGUCGCAACACUCAGGACGGGCCAAGCACCAACAGAAGGUCCGCAAGUGAUGGGUUUCUUCUCUCCAUCACGUCAAGUGAACAAUCACGAGUUCAUGCGCUGGAGAUGCACCACCUAGAUAGCGAUAAAGUAUAGUCAUAAUACCCACUGCGUAUAUCAC